GUUGACAAUAGAGAUACAACAGAACCUAAGGUCAGUCCUGAUCAAGCUGUGAAACUGUGUGAUAGAAACUUCGGUAUUGGUGCGGAUGGGGUAAUAUUUGCAAUGCCGGGUGUCAAUGGCACUGAUUAUACCAUGAGAAUCUUCAAUUCAGACGGAAGUGAGCCAGAGAUGUGUGGUAAUGGAAUUCGAUGCCUUGCCAAAUUUAUAGCUGAGCUUGAGAACUUCCAUGGAAAGAAAAGUUUCACCAUACAUACAGGGGCUGGACUUAUUGUUCCUGAAAUCCAAGAUGAUGGAAAGGUUAGGGUUGACAUGGGUGAGCCCAUUCUAAAGGCAGCAGAUGUGCCCACUAAACUACCCCCUAACAGAGAUCAAUCUGUCGUUAAAUCAAGUCUAGAUGUAGAUGGAAGCACAUGGAAUGUAACCUGUGUUAGCAUGGGGAAUCCCCAUUGUGUCACUUUUGGUACAGCACAAAGCCAGGAGUUGCAAGUAGAUGAACUAAAAUUAGCAGACAUUGGUCCAAAGUUUGAACAUCAUGAGAUGUUUCCUGCUCGCACUAACACAGAAUUUGUUCAAGUUUUCUCCCCAACACACCUUAAAAUGCGUGUCUGGGAACGUGGUGCAGGCGAGACACUAGCCUGUGGGACAGGAGCUUGUGCCGUUGUUGUUGCAGCAGUGCUUGAGGGUCGUGCUGCAAGGCGUUGUACUGUUGAUCUGCCUGGUGGACCACUUGACAUUGAGUGGAGUGAGAAAGACAACCAUAUAUACAUGACGGGGCCAGCAGAGGUAGUUUUCUAUGGGUCAGCUCCUCUUUAACCCCCUAAAUGUAAGUUUAUUUGUACUUCAUCCUUUCUGUAAGUUUAUUUUGAUCUUCCAGAAUUCAUAAAUUCACUCCAAAUCUUUGCCAACUUCAUUGGAGAAUGAAAGAAAUGCAGACGAAUUGAUCUUGGAUAAACCACAUUACUUUCAUUGUUGCCUCAAA